AUGGCUUCCGAAACAAAUCUCACAGUCGGAAGUACUGCUGGCAACGACCAUGUUACACGCCCAGAAAUUGCCUUUAUUUCUGGUCCCAUCAACAGUGGUCCCAACGGGGUCUAUUUUCACACCUAUUAUGUCCCUCGCAUCCAACAAGCCAUUGAAAAAGGCCACAAAUUUGUCAUUGGCCCUAUUCCGAGCGGCAUCGAUGCCAAUGCCCUGGAUUACCUUCUCGCCUACCCCGUGGCCCCAGAGCACAUCACCAUAUUUGUAACUCCGGCGGAGGAAGCGACGUUUGGGCCACGGUUUCGCGCCAUGUCAGUAAAUUUGCAGGUGGUCGAGAGCCAAAUGACUCAAGAACGUGAUGCGGCCAUGACCCAAGCCAGCACAUAUGACAUCCUACGGGUGCGAACCAUGGAGGAGGCAAGGGAAUUUUACGGCGGCAUGGCUCGCCCGGGAUAUGUGACAAACACGGAGCGCAAUUGGCGAAGACGGAGAGGAAUGACAGAGGAUUUGUUGAUCACUGCGGAAGAGAUCAAUUGCUCCAUGGGAUAUCCUGCAUCGGAGGUCCUACCUUUGCCAGAGGGCUCUGGCAAGAAUGGGGUUCUAGAUCAGUUGAAGCAAGCAUUGAAACGUCGCCGAUAG